AUGCCUCGCGUGGCCAUACUGCCGCAGUACACGAACGUGGCAGGACAAGAAACUCCGCCCCGAUCGCCGACCCUUAGUCCUGCUAGCAGUCCUGUUGCAGCGGUAUCCUCCCGAAGUGCCAGUCCCUCCUCUCCCAGAUCCCCGGCGUCCUCCUCCAGGCAUUCCGCCUUUUCUCUAGUCUAUCCAAAAGAUUUGCAAAGAAGUAAAAACUACUUGGCUGUUAGUGGCAUGAUGAUGUACGCGAACUCAUUGAAUCAGCUAGUUACGUCACCCUACCCGCCAUACAUGUGGCAUCCAUUACCCGGACUUUUUUUCCCUUACUCUCCUGCCCACAGACCCGAGUCCCUUAGUCCAGACCGCGCCACCUCAUUGGACCAGGGAUACAUCCCGGAAAAGGACAAAAUCGAUGAGGACGCUCCCCUAAAUUUGUCCUUGAAAGGACGGUCGAGGACACACAGUAUUUGGUCUCCCGGUAGUCUGUGCGAGCAAGAGAUGAAGUCCAUCGUCAAAGCUGAUUCUAGUCUUGGAUCAACGAUCCUUAGUCCUGUAAAAAAAUUUGAUCACCGAUGGAAAUGGGACCAUGAUAGAGAGCUUCAAACCAAAGCGCCUACGAUCGGACCUUCUGGAGAGAAACAAUUCACGUGCCAACAAUGUGGAAAGUCCUUUAAACGUUCCUCGACGUUAUCAACGCACCUUUUAAUCCAUUCGGACACAAGGCCGUAUCCUUGUCAGUACUGCGGCAAAAGAUUCCAUCAAAAGUCGGAUAUGAAAAAACAUACGUACAUACACACGGGUGAAAAGCCCCACAAGUGCGUGGUGUGUUCGAAAGCUUUCAGCCAAUCUUCGAAUCUGAUAACACACAUGCGCAAGCACACCGGCUACAAGCCGUUCUCGUGCGGCCUGUGCGAGAAAGCUUUCCAAAGAAAAGUUGAUCUGAGGAGGCACAGGGAAUCACAGCACCCUUCCGUGCCGGAAUCAAUUAUGUCCAGCAUUUACAGACCCACUGACGUGCAGUUGGAUCUUGUGAAAACUGAAGUGAGCAGUACCGGAUUCAAGGAAGAUAUUUAUUAA